AAAAUCCAAUCUUGAUCGGUGUUUGUUUCUUAAUGUUCCUCUUCAAUUCUUGGUUUCUAUUGUCACACUUCGAUUGUUUCUUUGCCGAUGUAGGAUAUUAUUUCAAAUUCAUGGUUUGAUGUCCCUUUAAUCCAUAAAUUAAAGAGUUCACCUUUUCAAUCUCCCUCUGGGACUUGGCUAAGUUACCAAGUCAAUGGCAAUUUCUUAUUUUUUUUGUUGACUUUCCAUAUUAUUUUUUCUUGCGACUUCUGCACUGGAGGACCCUUUCCACUCUGUGCCUGUGUUUUCCCCCUAAUCUCUGUAUUCUUCGAAUAAGAUUCAGCUUUGGAAUCCAAUUUCAACACAUUAGUUGUUUCUACUUUGAUUGAUGAGCAUGUUCAGAGGGAAAUCAUGAACCACAGAUCACUGAGGCACCCAAAUAUAGUUCGAUUUAAGGAGGUCUUGUUAACCCCGACGCAUCUAGCCAUUGUUAUGGAAUAUGCUGCUGGCGGCGAGCUUUUUGAGAGGAUAUGCAAUGCUGGAAGAUUCAGUGAGGAUGAGGCAAGAUUCUUCUUUCAACAACUUAUAUCAGGUGUGAGCUAUUGCCACUCCAAUCAAAUAUGUCAUCGAGAUCUCAAGCUAGAAAACACACUCUUGGAUGGUAGUGCGGCACCCCGCCUUAAGAUAUGUGAUUUUGGUUAUUCCAAGUCCUCAGUCCUGCAUUCUCAACCAAAGUCAACUGUUGGCACACCAGCUUACAUUGCUCCUGAGGUUUUAUCCAGAAGGGAAUAUGACGGGAAGAUUGCAGAUGUUUGGUCAUGUGGAGUAACGCUGUACGUAAUGCUGGUCGGAUCUUAUCCCUUUGAGGACCCAGAGGAUCCUAGGAACUUCCGAAAGACACUUGGUCGGAUACUUAGUGUGCAGUACUGCAUCCCGGAUUAUGUUCGAGUGUCGAGAGACUGUGCGCAUCUUCUUUCUCGGAUAUUUGUAGCCAACCCUGAGCAGAGGAUCACAGUUCCAGAGAUCAAAAACCAUCCUUGGUUUCUGAAGAAUCUGCCUAUGGAGCUAACAGAUGGGUAUCAACAUGGUUUGGAGACCGGUGACGCAAUGGCUCCAACUCAAAGCAUCGAAGAGGCAAUGGCCAUAAUUCAAGAUGCACAGAAUCCAGGAGAGGCUCCAAAGCUUGGCCAUGGCCACUUCAUUGGAGGUGGCAGUAUGGAUCUUGAUGACAUGGAUGGUGACAUGGACCUUGAUGACAUCGAAACAAGUGGGGAUUUUGUGUGCGCUCUCUGAGAGUUCAUCAGAAGGGUUGCCAUGGUCCCUCCUGGUGUGCAUAUGGCAGUGUUUUUGGCUGAAGCUGCAUGCUGUAUGAUAUGUGCUCCUCUUUUCUUCUUCCUUUUGUGAGGAACAGUAACAAUUUUACUUGUUCUUGUUGUUCAGUGGAUUACAGAUUACAAAUGGCUUUCUCUGAUA